AGGCGUCCUUCGUUCGCUCUGGCACGAGAAAAGUCGACUUCUUGUUCUUGAACAUCUUCUCUUCUCUUCCUUCUCUCUCUCUCUUUGAAGCUUCGCUCGUGCACGCAAGAGCUCCGCGCAACCGACCCAGCCAGGGGGACGAAGAGAUUGCUUACAUUUGAGGAAAGGGCAGGAGGUGACGGGGCGUGUUAGUUGUAUAGGACGGCGAUUGUUGAAGGACGAGGUGCGGGAAAGAGCGCCGGGUGGGAGGAGUUUGAAGCAGCAGCUGAAUUGGAUGCGGAACUGAGGAAUUUGUCUUCGCGUGUGGCGGUGGGGGAAUUGGGCAGCGGGAGAGGUGGAAGAGCGUGCGCUAUGUUAGAAUGUUGAGCAGCUUGUCGAUCUUGGGGUCGGUCGAAUGUGGAGAGCGUUUGGAGUGAAUCUGCAUUGAGUUCUCUUGGAUCUGGCUCGUUCAUUUUGGAGACUCGGACAAAAUUUUUUACAGGAUUCCUUUUUUGCACCUGCACGAGGUGUCGAGGGGUAUUAAGAGUUGUCCAUUGGGUGCGGAAUAUGGUACCAGUUUGCAGGGGAUCUGCAAACUCAAUGUAUAGCAUGGACGUUUGACUUUUCUGGCCGGUGGAAGUUUACAGCAGAGGUUUUGGUCUUUGGAAGCUUCUCGUCCGUUCGACGAAUUGCACCUCAAGAAUAUGGGCAAGAGGGUGAGGAUAUGUAUUGGGAUGGAGACAGGGGUGUGCGCGAACUGUAUUUUCUGUACCCAGUCGUCAGUAUAGGAACAGGUGAUUAUGUGGCACUUCUGAACGACAGAACAAGCUUACAGCCUCUUCUACAGAAAAUCAGUGUCACGGAAGUCAAAGUGGCUGAAGGCUGUGGAGAAUGUUAGUUCAUGAAAGGUAGCACAAGAAUAAGGCAGGAGGGUGGACAGGUAUUGCUUUCCGUUGAUGAUCUAAUAGCAGUUAAUUAACUGCCUCUUUACGAAGGGCUGUUCUGGCACAAAGUUUCUGUGGACACAAAAUGUUCAAAUAACUGAUUGGGAGAAAUUUAUGGAUGAGAGAGAAUAUCAGUUGGGUAGGAGAGUUUGAUCAAGCAGGAGCUAUCGUACUCAAUACUUUCUAUCAGCUUUUUCUCGGUUCCUCGCCGCAAGUUGUAUAUAAUACCGCUAGGGACCAUUUCGCAAUGAACCGACUGCCGCUUUCCACGGAGGAAGUUGUAGUAUGUUCAAUCUCUCUUGAACGACCUGCACGAACAGUUCCCGAAGUUAUCUGGCUUGGAGAAGUUGUCUUCGCUACGUUCUCUAAAGGGGUAGAGAAUAUCUGCGACACUUUACAAAAAGUGAUGCGAAGAUGGACCACCGACCUUAUUGUCCGGAGUGUUCUAGGACUCAUGGUCAUUGUCAACCCACGCUUGAACAGCAAUCAACAGACUCAUUUGACGCCAAUAUUAGCAAGAGUUGUAAACCAGUUUGUGUGGCAACGAUCUCUGGAUUUGAGAGUGUUGAGAGGCAUCGUCGCAUUGGCAUGUCCGAACCAAGAUACUGCACUUCUGUUUGGCUACCUGAUGGAGGUAAUUGCUGGUUUAGCACACCAUCCAUGUCAGGAAGAUGAUAUAAUGGAUCAGACUACGGCCUCGGAUUUAGAAUCACCUGCAGCAAGCUCUGUCGAUUCUUACGUGGAGGAGGCCAAAGUAGCCCACACUCUUACUCAAUUCUACUGUGUGGAGCCUAUAUAUGUAGCCGCCAUGCCUUGCGUGGUGAAGAAGGCAGUUUUGGGAGCUUUGAAUGGCGGGCUGGAUGUAGCACAUAACAACCCAAGUGGUUUACUUGUAUCAAAUCAACAAUCUCCCCCUAUAUGCUGCAUCACUUUGGAGCCUCUGCUCUGCCCGGACGGGUCGGUCACUGCUGAUGUAGUCGCUGUGGUCCAAAAAAGUCAAACAAUUGGGAAAGACCAUGCGUUCUUGUAUAGAGGGCGAGCAUUGCGAGACUGGCACGCACAUUCGACUGUCCCCACGAAUCCCGAUACACGUACCUUGGUUAAACCCACUGAGGUAUUUAGACUCUCAUAGCGCAAGCAAUCGUUCAACUUCUUUGACGACUCUCUUCACCAUCUACAGCAGGGAACCAAUACGAUUUCUAUAUCUGCAUUCUUGCGUAAUGUGUACCAUAUCCUAAAUUUGAGAGCAAAUGGCUUCUCCUUAGGAACUAGAAGUAACACAGAGCAUCAUCGCUCUCAUUUUUUACCUCAAACGUUGCACGUAGGAAUGAGGGUAAUUUAUAUAGGUUCUUACGGCAAAGUAGAUCAAUUUGAAGGAUUGUGGUAUUGAACAUGAGGAAUAGUCAUUAACCGAUACCAUAGGUACUAGAUUCAAAUUAAAAAUUGUAAAGAUAGAAGAUGGCUAAGUUGUCCAAAGGGCAGCCAAUUUGUAUACUGAUAAGCUGUAUAUUCUCGGAGCCGAUAUCACAGUAUUUGGGAAGUGGAGAUCUGUCCCAUUUACAGUUCCAUGACCACGGUCUCUUUAUAAACAUACGAAGUAUGAGUUUCAAAAGGCGGGUUGUGUGUAUCCCCAAGUAUGAUAUUUGUUUUGAUAUUUAUCGUGUGCAUCAUGAUUAUCGGUGUAGGGUUACUAUCGAUUAAUAUAUGUGAUACAUC